AUGCCAGUGAUUUACUGUAGCUCGAUAUGCGGCGCGUUCGGCCAGCGUGGUCCGACAUACAACGAUAUCCGAGAACCGAUCCCACAACUAGAAAUCCAAACCCAACAGCGAGCAUUCACGGAAAGUGAAAUCUGGAACUUUUUUCUGUUCCAGCAAGCUGUUGCGACUGGACCAAUGGAAAUUUUACAUGCUAAGGCACAUCAGACUUACGGGGAGGUCAAUCAGCUGGGAGGCGUAUUCGUUAACGGGAGACCCCUUCCCAACGCCAUCAGGCUGAGGAUAGUGGAACUGGCUCAACUGGGGAUUCGACCGUGCGACAUAAGCCGGCAGCUCCGGGUGUCCCACGGCUGCGUGAGCAAAAUCCUGGCCCGUUACAACGAGACGGGCUCCAUCUUACCGGGGGCUAUCGGAGGCAGCAAGCCCAGGGUCACCACCCCCACCGUGGUGAAGUACAUCAGGGAAUACAAGCAGGGCGACCCCGGCAUCUUCGCCUGGGAGAUUCGGGAUAGGCUCCUCGCCGACGCCGUUUGUGACAAAUACAACGUACCCUCGGUCAGCUCCAUCAGCCGGAUCCUGCGGAACAAGAUCGGUAACCUGUCGCACUCGGGGCACUACGAGACCAACAAGCAGCUGCCCCCUCAGCCCACGCUGCCCUACAACCCCAUCUACCAGUAUUCCUACCCCAACCACAUGUCCUCGGCGGCCGCCAAGAUGGGCAGCGCCACGGGCGUCCCGGUGCCGGGGGUUACGGGACACGUCGGCAUCCACCGGACCUGGCCGUCCGCUCACUCGGUCAGCAACAUCCUGGGGCUCAGGAGCAUCGUCGAACAGGCAGCUGCUCAUGGUGGAGCCGAGGCUGCAGCUUAUCAAACUAAAGUGGAAGAUUGGAAUAAUGUCAAUCGGGCAGCUUUCUCCUCCAAUCAGAGUGUCAACGGGAUAGAAAAACAGGCGAUCGACCCGGAUCUGAAAUACCCCCAGCCUCCGUCGGUGCUGCCUGCUGUGAGCAGUUUUGUUCCCGCCUGCGCUGUUGGCCCCUAUCCCUCGUCGAACCAGGUGCCGAGUUAUGGAGUGUACAGUGGCCCAGGAGCCGGCUACAUGACAGGCCAUCCCUGGCAGUCCCAGGGCAGCAGUCUCUCUCACUCUGGGCCAGGAAUUCCCAUGCACGGCGGAGACAUCCACGCCCCGAUGCCCUUCAAACACCUCUCAGCCAGAGAAGCAACAGACAGGAAAGCCGGGAGCCCCGUUAACAAGCCCCCCGAAGCUCUCAGCAGCCCGCUCGGCCUCUCAAUCCCAGCCUCCAGCACAUAAAAUCCCCGCCGGUAACGGGACACAACCAAAACGA